AAGGGAACAUCACGCAAUGAGCUCAAGUGAUGGGAUUCUGCGCACGCGCUUAAGCGCUCGCCACCGGAAAUGAUGGCGUCUCUACCACAGCGAGUGAUUUAGCACGCGUGCGCAUUAGGCUUUUCGGGCAGCUGUUGGGUGGAAAUGGUGGAGAAGAAAACUUCGGUUCGCUCCCAGGACCCUGGACAGCGGCGGGUGCUGGACCGGGCAGCCCGGCAGCGUCGCAUCAACAGGCAGCUUGAGGCCUUGGAGAAUGACAACUUCCAGGACGAUCCCCAUGCAGGACUCCCACAGCUUGGCAAAAGGCUGCCUCAGUUUGAUGAUGAUGCAGACACUGGCAAGAAAAAGAAGAAAACCCGUGGUGAUCAUUUUAAACUUCGCUUUCGAAAAAAUUUUCAGGCCUUGCUGGAGGAGCAGAACCUGAGUGUGGCCGAGGGACCCAACUACCUGACAGCCUGUGCGGGACCCCCAGCCCGGCCCCAGCGCCCUUUCUGUGCUGUCUGUGGCUUCCCCUCCCCCUAUACCUGCGUCAGCUGUGGUGCCCGGUACUGCACUGUUCGCUGUCUUGGCACGCACCAGGAGACCAGGUGCCUGAAGUGGACUGUGUGAGCCUGGGCAUCCCCAGAGAGGAAGGCCCUCCGUGCAUCACUCCAGCCUCAAAGAGGUCAUCACCAAAAGGCGAGGCACUCCUCUGGACAGACAGGGCCAUUCGCUUACCCAACAAAGCUGUGUCUUACCUACCAAGGAAGACCUGUCUCAGCUCCAGGGACUGUGUGGCGGGGAAGUGGGCCAGGCCUGCAGAGUGCUGUUGUAAUAAAAGAUCUCAUGCGAG